AUGAUCAUCUACACCAGUGGGACGACAGGACGUCCCAAAGGUGUGCUGCACACACACAGCAGCAUCCAAGCAAUGGUCCAGUGUCUCGUGUCCGAGUGGGCGUGGUCUAAAGAUGACGUCAUCCUGCACACGUUGCCUCUUCAUCAUGUCCACGGUAUCGUCAACAAACUGCUGUGUCCGCUGGCCGUGGGCGCCACCUGCGUCAUGCUGUCAGAGUUUCAGCCUCAACAGGUGUGGGAGAGGCUGCUCAGCUCCGAGUCCCCGACUGUGAACAUGUUCAUGGCCGUACCGACCAUCUAUUCCAAACUCAUUCAGUAUUAUGACCAGCACUUCACACAGUCUCAUGUCAGGGACUUUGUGAAAGCCGUCUGCAAAGAAAGGAUCAGGCUGAUGGUGUCUGGUUCAGCAGCUCUGCCCCUUCCUACUCUGCAGCGCUGGGAGGAGAUUACCGGACACACGCUGCUAGAACGCUACGGCAUGACAGAGAUCGGCAUGGCACUGUCCAACCCACUGAAGGGCCCUCGCAUCCCAGGAGCUGUAGGUCUACCUCUUCCUGGAGUACAAGUGCGCAUUGCCAUGAACAAUUCUAUCAAAACCAUCAUUGCAGAAGGAAACAACAGACAAACUCAGUGGUUUCGCCUGUCUCCCAGGUACGUCCCGGUCUUGAGGGUAAAGAGGGUGAGCUCCUGGUCCGUGGAGCUUCGGUCUUCAGGGAAUACUGGAACAGGCCUCAGGAGACGGCAGAGUCCUUCACCGCCGACGGCUGGUUCAAAACAGAAGGACAGGAGAUCCAGAGCCCAGCAUGCCACUGUCACACUCCAUUACAGCCAGUGGCCACAUAAUGAGAGGCAGUGCAAUCAGCUCCCCACAGACCAGAGCCUCCAGCACAGACACAAACGCACAGCGAGCGAGAGGAGCGCCACCACUGAGUCUAUCUACCUGUCUGUGUUCCUCACCUAUAACUGGCAAGGAGCACAGCAGUCUGCAGCCAACUUUAUUCUGAUAACUAUAUGUGUUUUUCUCUGCCCUUUCUAA